CUACUUUCUCCCUGUGACAGCCGCUUCCGUGUUGUUGACGCGAGGCCACGCUCGCGGGGGGAACUCUCGUCCAAAGUUUACCUGAACAGAGCUGGUGUCCCUCUCUGAUCUGGAGACAUAGCUGGCUGAAAUGUGGAUGAGUACAUUUUCACGUCUCGCCCGGCCUGCCCUGCAGAGGAGCACCUCUGCAGUGGCCUGCCAGGCUCUGAGGGCUUGUCGUAGACCAGGACGGGCUGCAGGUCCACUACCCUCUUGCCUGACUUCAGUGCAGCUUCGCGGGCAGCAGACGCUGGGGUCCGCCUCCCUCCCUCUGGCUCAACACUCCGUGAGGAACGUCCGGGCUUUGGACGAGGACCGGAUGAUGGAGGUGGAGUGGGAGGACGGAGGCCACAGCCUGUACCCGUUCACCUGGCUGAGAGACAACUGCCAGUGUCCGCUGUGCACCCUGGAAUCCGCUCAGGCCCGGAAACUGCUGAUGUCCGAGUUCGACAUCCACACAGGAGUCGACGUUGUGGAGGUCACCAAUGACAACAAGGUGUCCAUUGUUUGGCCCGACCAGCACACCAGUGUGUUUGACGCAGAGUGGCUGAAGAAACGCUGCUUCUCUGCUGCUGCCAGACAAGCUUUAAAAGAAGAGCUUUUCCUCAACGAGCGUUAUCAUUGGGACUCAAAGCUGCGCAUUCCCACGGCCGACUACCAGGAAGUCCUCCGAGACGAUAAGGCCGCUCUGGACUGGCUCUUGGCGCUGCGCCGCGUCGGCGUCGUCCACCUGAAGGGGGCGUCGACAGAGCAGGGCGUCGUGGCCAGACUCGCCGAGAGGGUCGGCUAUCUGAGGCUGACGUUCUACGGGCACACAUGGCAGGUCCAGGACAAAUACAUGGCAAACAAUGUAGCCUACACUUCAGGAAAGCUCAGCCUCCACACAGACUACCCUGCAUUGCACUUUGCACCUGGAGUGCAGUUGCUGCAUUGCAUCAGCGAGGCGGAGGAAGGAGGGGAGAGCGAGAUGGUGGACGGCUUCCACAUGGCCGAGCUGCUGCAGAGGGAAGACCCAGAGGCCUUCAGGACGCUCAGCUCGGUCCACGUGGACUUCACCGACAUGGGGAUGGACUACUGCGACUUCAUGCUGCAGUCCAAGAAGAGCAUCAUCGAAGUUAAUGCCGAGGGCCGAGCUGUGAGGAUAAACUACAACAACGCCACCAGAGACUCGGUGCUGGACCUCCCCGUGCAUCAGGUCCAGCCCUUCUACAGAGCACUGAGGGCCUACGUGGACAUCAUGAACCGACGGGAGAACAUGGUCACCUACAAAAUGAUGCCAGGUGACGUACUGACCUUCGAUAACUGGCGUCUGCUGCACGGCCGGAGGACCUACAGGAGCAGACCCGACAGGUCGCGGCACCUGGAGGGCGCCUACCUGGACUGGGAUGAGGUCAUGUCCCGCCUCCGGAUUCUCCGCAACUCAGUCCACGGAAACAUUUGAGUUCCGUAAAACACAGCCAAACUUUUUUUUUUUUUUUUUUUUACUUAGCUGGGUGGCUUUAAACUGCGGGUUAAGCUGAAUGUUUUUUUACUGAAUCUGACUACAAGUCAACAGUUAAAUCUCUGACUCUCAGGUAGCCAAGCUUUAAAUCAGAAAGGAAACAAUUGUAUUAAUAACAGGAUGAUUUUGGAGCCAUUAUGUAAUGUUUAAAUGAUGCCAGCAACAUGUAACAUAGUGCAACGCCUCAAUGCAAAGAUAAUGGAAAACACCUUACUUUGAAAAUUUCAAAGGUGCUUUUGGAUUCAGACAAAUACGUUUUAUAAGCUUAAAUUUAACUUUUAUACGUUUACCUGAGAACGUCACAUUAUUAUAAAGAGCAGUUUAUAUAUUUUUAUAAGAAAUUCAGCAUUCCCAGUUUGCUGGUUAAAUAUUUAGCUGAAGACAACCUGGCGGACACGAAAUAACUCACGUAUCUUAAACACUAUAACCACUGUCUGACCUUUAUGGUUUUCAUGAUAUUUCAUCUUAUUGCUCACUGUGUCUAUUACCGUCUAUAGAAAGUAGUGAACGAGGAGGUGCUUUUAGACAGAGCCCUGUGUAAUAUAAAAGCUUUCCCUUCUCUCCGCCUGCUACAGUAUCUCACUACCUCUCCUGUUCCAUCAUGUGCCUAAACAAAGAAUGUCCUUGACUUUCCCCUUCAUUCUGUAGAGUUGCAGUCUGAAUUGAAAAUUGCCUUGAGCUACAGCACAGUAGCUGUACUAGAAGUUUGCAGUGUGAAACAUCUGCAGUUUAAAAAAAAUAAAA